CAGCGCGCUUGCGCAGUAGCGGCCGGCGGCCGGGAGCGGGAGCUGCGGCCCCCUCCCCCUGCCGCGCUAUGGGUGACGCUCUGCGGAGGGCGGAGUCGGGCACUCAGCUACUCGCACGACUUGAGGGCAGAAGUUCUCUGAAGAAUAUUGAACCUUAUCUGUUUGCUGAGGAGGGAUCUCCUGUUCAUGGAGAUGUCAUUGAAUUCCAUGGUCCAGAAGGAACAGGAAAAACAGAAAUGCUUUAUCACCUAAUAGCCCGCUGCAUCAUUCCAAAAUCAGGAGGAGGACUGGAAGUAGAAGUCAUGUUCAUUGAUACAGACUACCAUUUUGAUAUGCUUCGUCUAGUUACCAUUCUUGAGAAGAGAUCGGCGCAAAGGACAGAAGAAAUGAUAAAGCAAUGCCUGGGAAGGCUUUUUCUUGUGAACUGCAAUAGUAGCACUCAGUUACUGCUCACUCUCUACUCUUUAGAAACCAUGUUUUGCGCUCACCCCUCUCUCUGUGUUUUGAUUUUAGAUAGCAUGUCAGCUUUUUAUUGGAUAGACAGAAGCAAUGGAGGGGAGAGCCUUAACUUGCAGGAGAUGAAUCUGAAGAAAUGUGCUAACUUUCUUGAAAAGCUUGUGAGAGAGCAUCACUUAGCCCUCUUUGCAACAACACAGACACUUAUGCAGAAAUCUGCAAGCUCUGCAGAAAGUUUUUUUCCUUUAAAAUUUCAGCAUGAAACUGAUACAGACUAUAGACCUUAUCUUUGUAAAUCAUGGCAACAAAUGGUAACCCACAGGAUAUUUUUCUCAAAGCAAUGUAAUUCUGGCAACAGCAAAAGUUUUACAGUCAUUUCUUGCCACCUCAAAAGAAACCAUGUAGUAAAACGUUCAUUUAGUAUUGCAGAAUGUGGAGUUCAGUUUUAAUUUCAGUUUGUUUUUUAAACGUGUAGCAAAUCCUGGUGCUUAAGGCCUGAUUAGGUCUAAGUAGUUUUUAGUACCUUUUAAACUAGUUGGUUGUUGCUGGGUGAAUAAGAAUUUUUGUCACAAUUUUCUUAAAAUUUAGUGAAGGGCAGAAAAUGGUGAAAUUUUUGAAUUACUGUAGACAUUCAGUCCAAACUAGCCAGGAAUGUUGAAAUUACAUGUUUGCGCUUAAUGCAUAAAGAGAUUAAAUCAAGAAAAUUAUAACCAAA